GCACACUUGAUGUUAGAAUGCAACUAACUUGAAUAGAGUUGUUGUAUAUGUGAGAUUAGCAGUGGGCCACUGGGCUCAUCCCAAAUGACCACUUACUCUGCAACAGGUUGGUAAAACCCGUUCUUGGCUUGUCGGAUGGCUAGGAGGGCAAAAAUUUGAGUGGGGAGUGCGUUGGUAAGUCGGCAGGUGUCCUUCAGAGACAGGAGACAGGUUUAAAAACUAAACAAGCAUUUAUUUAUAUAAGUAAGCUAGGAUACAUAGGUUAAAUGUGAUUAAAUAAGUUCACUAUAAAACAGGGACGCUCUAAUAGCUUUACCUGCUAGUCUGAGAGAGCGUUCACAAAGCUCUAAAAGUACAAAUACCUCUAUGCGGAUAUGUCUAAUAUGUGUUUGUUGAAUAGGUUCGUUAAUGGCGAUGGAAGUUCAAAUGACUGUGGUUGGUCGUAUGUUCUUUUGUUCCAGAGUAUGGAGACAAGUAUGGCACAUCUACCAAGUAUAACUUCCGAGGGAUUGCCCAGAGCUUUCGGGGACUUGAGCUUUUAUACGUUAUUCAUGGGAAAUGAGUCACGUGAUCGACUUCUGUUGACACUUAUGGUGCAUUCCGAUCAACUAACUGUCAACUUUCCCACCAUAAUGUGAAAACAAUCGGUGACCUCCGAUAUAUCAGGAAGAAAAAGUCAACAUCAAUAUUUUCGAGUUAGCCCCAAGGAUACAGAAACUGUAGAAGGACAGAAUGUAGAAUUGCAUUGUCUCAUAGGUAAUCAAGCUGGUUCUGUGCAGUGGAGUAAAGAUGGAUUUUUACUUGGUAAGGAUUUGAUCCAGAGAUCCCAGGCUAUCCACGAUAUACUAUGGUAACAGACGAAAAGCAUGGAAUUUAUAAUUUAUUAAUAAGGGAUGUCAGACUUGACGAUGAAGGAGAAUUUCAAUGCCAGGUCAAUACGGUUGGUCCGACUGAUGACCAGAAACCAAUUCGAGCAAAUGCAAGACUGAGAGUAUUAAUUCCUCCAAGAAUAAUUACCAUUAAUAAUAUACCAGGAGAUCAUCAAAUUGAAAUUGUAGAAGGUGUUAAAGUCACUUUAAUUUGUGAAGCAAGAGGAAGUAAGCCACCAACACAAUUAAAGUGGUAUUGGAAAAAUAUGGAACCAGUACCAGAACCAACAAAAGAAUCCAUAACAGAUGAUGGCCACAGGAAAUUUUCUACAAGUAGUUUGAUAACAGUUCAUCCAAAACAAGAAGAUGCAGAUGCAACAUAUGUUUGUGAAGCACAUCAUCCUGCACUUAGACAUGUUUUAAGGACAUCAGUAACUAUCAGUAUUUUAUUUAAUCCAGGACCACCAGAAAUCGAAGGAUAUCAGGAAGGAGACAUUAUUCAAGUUGGAGAUACUUUAACUUUAGCUUGUAUUUCGAGAGGGGGCAAUCCACCAGCUAAAUUAAUGUGGUAUCGCGAUAAUGUGCUGGUAGAUACUACCUACACGACAAGUGGUCGCGAGACCACAAAUACUCAUACUUUUACGGUUUUUGCUACAGACAAUAAUGCUAUGUAUCGAUGUGAAGCUUCCAAUUCUAUUACACGUGAUUCCUUAACUGCAUCAGUGAAAUUAAAUGUUCUUUUUGCUCCUGCCAAGGUAACAAUUACUGGUCCUCCAGAAGCCAAACGUGGUGAUACGGUGACUAUGCAUUGUACAACAGAACCAAGUAAUCCACCAUCACAGUUGAGUUGGAUGAUUGACAGUCUUCCAGUUAUAGGGGGAGAAACAGUUAGAACAGCAACACUGAAGGGAUGGGUGACAUCAUCUAAUCUUACAAUCACUCUAACUAGGCAGGAUCCUGAUGUGAAAGUGUUUUCUUGUUAUGCAGAAUGUUUACCUUUAAGAGAAACCAUAUUUCAGCAAUAUAAAUUAAAAAUUAUUUAUCCUCCAAAACCACCAACAAUUAUUGGCUAUGAAGAAGGAAAGCCGCUUAGAAUUGGAGAUUUUCAAAGAUUUAAUUGCGUUACACUUGGAGGAAAUCCACCUGCUGUCCUUCGUUGGCUGAAAGGCGAUAGAGAGAUAAGUACUCCAUUGAUUGUCAGUGGUAGUGGAGUAUCUACAGAACUUGUCAUUAGAGCCGACAUCUCUGAUAAUGGUGCUGUUUACAGAUGCGAAGCAAAUAAUUCAGCAACAUUGCAUCCAGUUUCGGCCUACAUUAAGACAACAGUAUAUUUUCCUCCAGAUAAUGUUACCAUUAAUGUGCAUCCAAGUUUGCCUCGAGCUGGCCAAAUGGUAACAUUCACUUGCACGUCUGGUAGUAGUAAUCCAGUCUCUCGGAUAACCUGGAGAAAAAAUGGAAUUAAUAUUCGUAAUCAUAGAGAAGAAACAAUUAGUUCAACACAUGGUGGCAUAGCUACUAGAAGCCGUUUAUUUUUAACUGUUUCAGCUGAGGAUGAUAAUUCGACAUUCUUGUGCCAAGUUCGAAAUGAUGUUCUUCAUCAUACCCUCCAUGAUUCCAUCACUUUACGUGUUCUUUAUGGACCUAUAUUUCCAGUUCAUUCAAAGUUUGUGGAAAUUGUUGAAGAUGAAUCUGCAAUUGUUAAUUUAACUGCCAAAGCUAAUCCUCCAACUAUAUGGUAUACUUGGACUAAAAAAGGAAGCUUAGUUCCUUCUUUAAUGUCUUCUAAACAACAGGUGCCUAUGGUUAUGGCCGAAAGAGGUGUCUUGUAUAUAUGGCAUGCAGCGCGUCAUCAUGCCGGUACUUAUGUAUGUGAAGCAGAGAAUUUGGAAGAUGUUUCUAAUGCAACAGUUGUUUUAAAUGUUUUAUAUGGUGCUAACAUAACCAACAUAACAUCCCUUGUUAAAGCUAAUGAAGGGGAAAGUGUUUGUUUUGAAUGUGUUGUUGAUGCUAAUCCUCUAACUGAAGAUGUUGUGGUAUGGAGGAAAAAAGAUAGUGAAGAUAUACUUAAUUUUGUUGUUAUGAGAGAUAGAGCUGUUGUCACUGUUUUUAAUGUUACGAAGAAUGACAGCAAGAUUUAUGAGUGUGUUGCAUAUAAUGGCAUUGGAGAACCUGUUGUUAGAACAGCACAGUUAGUUAUAUUAUACAAACCUGUUAUUCUUCAUUCCCAAAUUCAGCCAAAAGUUGCCGGAGAAUUAAAAAUGGAUACUAGAUUAUAUUGUUUCGUCGACUGUAGUGACGAAUUGAAAUUUGUUUGGUCAUUUAACGGAUCAGUUAUCACAGAUUCGAAUAAGUACAAAAUAGAAGCAAAAAGAGAAGAAAUUGAUGUUUGGAAAAGUGUACUUACUAUUAAGAAUGUGGAUUAUGAUAAUUUUGGAAUCUAUACCUGCCUUGCAAGAAAUUCUAUUGGAUAUGAUUUUUUUAAAAUUAUACUUGUUCAAAAGAGUAUUCCGGAUAUUCCUAAUAAUUUUUAUGCCUCAGAAAUAACUCAUGAAAGUGUAAUUUUAAGAUGGAAGCCGGGAUUUGAUGGUGGAUAUCAACAGUCUUUUUAUAUACGAUAUAAAAAAUGGAAUGACAAAAUAUGGACUAAACUUAAUGUUGCAGAUAAUUUAUGUAAAGUUAAAGACUUAAUGCCCGAAACUGAUUAUGUAUUUAUGCUCUCUGCAACAAACUUCAUGGGAGAUACAGAAGAAAGGACAUUAAAUAUUACUAGUAAAAGUUUUCCUAUCUUGAAUACAACAAUUGAUAAAUCUAGAACUGGAGGAAAAAAGAAUAUCCAGUUAUGGUGGAUCACAGCAGCUGCUGUUGGAGGUUUAUUAGUAAUUGUUAAUAUUUUGUUAUUUUUUUGUUUUCAAAAAAGAAGGAAUUGGAACCAAAGAGCAUGUGCAGUGAGAAGAGAGAGUUUAAUUGCUGGUUCAACUGAUAAACCAAAAGAAGUGAUAGGUUUACAAAAAUUACUUAGUAAUAAUGGUAGAGCUUUCUUCUUUACUGCCACAUUAUCACAGGACCACAUAACUCUUGAAGAUUUCCAGGUUAGUUAUAAUUUCUAUUUUAUAUAUAGCCAUUUCUCUUAUAAUGCAGUAAAUGUAUUUAAAAAAAAUCAUUACUCUGUAGAAUUUUCUGCAAUAAAAGUAACAGAGCUAAUAGUGAUAAAAUUAGGGGCAGAACAUUGAAAACCUAGUCUUAGAAAGCAUUUUUUUUAUUUAAAGCUUUUUUUCAAUAUGUACAGCUUUCCUAUUUUUGCCUACUACUUGAUUCUUAUAACCAGGAUAUUUACUCAUUUUUUGGGAGGGAUGCUGUAUUAAUACUUUGUGUACUUUUCUUGAUAAAUCUUGGGAUAACACCAUUCUACACAUUAGUAAACUGGGGUAAGAGAGAAGAUACAGUGCAUGGGCUUUGUAUAUUCAUGUGCAGAUCAUUUUUCAUGAUACCUUAGGAACACAAAGCAUAUUUAUGUUUAAAAAAAUUAUUUAUAGCUAAGAUUUUGCAUUUGGUGAUUUUAUUUUCCUAUUUAUCUUUCAUGUAUGAAUAAAUUUGUGCAUUAGGAACAUGUGCUAUAACAAAAAAGACUAAAUGUAAAAUCAAUUUUUAUGUAUAGAAUG